GAAAUCUUGCACGAAAGCCCUCCCUAACCACUCCACAUUCCUUUCAUCCCAGCAAACCCCAAAACCCAAGCCUCAAGCAUCGCCCACACUAAUAGUAAUUUAUACCUAUAUAGAUGCUGUACCUUCCCUAGCUUCGACCCUGCCACUGUCCAAAACCCCAGCCUAAAACCCUCUAGCUCACGUUUUAACUUCUCUUUUGACUAUAUAUAUCCAGAAACUGAAGUUCUUGCUUGGUGGAAUUGAUUAUUGGGAAAAAGUAGGUUUUACCCGUUCAUGUUUUCUCCUCUGCAAAAAUAUAAUUGAAAAAUUUGUGUUCUGCUUUUGGGCGUUAUUUGGUAAUUUGAAAUUUCGAACCCUGAGGUGUUCAUACACCAAUGUCAGAUCAUGCAGCAAAACCUCCUCGCCCCGGGGGGCGCAGAAGCCGCUGUUUGGCGACGACCUCUGUGGUGGUAGUGGUUGUCCUCGUCGCCGUGAUUUUGAUUCUGGGGUUCACGGUCUUCAAGCCCAAACACCCCAUUUCCACCGUGGACUCUGUUUCUCUGAAAAAUCUGGAAGUCUCUAUGGGCAUCCCAAAGUUCAGGGUCUUCCUGAACGUCGUCAUCGAUGCCGAUCUCACCGUGAACAACCCUAACAGAGUCAAGUUCAGAUACGCCGGCGGCACUGCCCUUCUUCUGUACCGAAACGAUGUCGUCGGCGUUGCCCCAAUUCCCGCCGGCGAGAUACCCGCCAACGGGGCAACCGGCCUGAACUUGACCCUCACCGUCAUGGCCGAUCGGUUGCUUUCCAACCCCGGAAUUUACUCCGACGUGAUGUCUGGGAAGUUGCCCCUCACCACUUCCACUACCAUUCCCGGUAAAGUGUAUAUUUUGGGAUCGUUCAAGGUUCACGUAGUCUCUGAGACCACCUGCGAUUUAAUGAUUAAUGUUUCAAAUCGAACAAUUGACCGCUCCAAUUGUCGUUACAAGACAAAAUUAUGAAAUGGAUGGAUUUCAGAAUAGUGAUUUCUGGGCGUUGUGUAGUGUUUUGUUUUGUUUUUUGGUUUGUUUUUUUGUUUUUUUGUUUUUUUUUUUUCCUGUUAUCCUCUUCUGUAAUGGAAUUUGUAGCCGUAGCUAUCUUUUAAUUUAACGACUUAAUAAAUAUUUGUUUUUGUUUUUCAUUUAAUGAAAAUUUUAUGUUGU